ACAACACUACAAUUUAUCCACGUUUGGGUUAUUUUUUCUUUUCAGAUAAUUAAUUGAAUCAAUGGCAUCAUCUUCUGCUUCUGGUACUUCACAGUUUCCUCGAUGGAACUACGAUGUCUUCCUAAGUUUUAGAGGUGAAGAUACUCGGAAAACAUUUACGAGUCACCUGUACGAAAUCUUGGAUAUCAGGGGAAUAAAAACCUUUCAAGAUGAUAAAAGGCUAGAGCAUGGCGCAUCCAUUUCGGAUGAACUAUGUAAAGCUAUCGAAGAGUCUCAAUGUGCAGUCAUCAUUUUCUCAAAAAAUUAUGCAACAUCGAGGUGGUGCUUGAAUGAACUAGUGAAGAUCAUGGAUGUCAAGACUCAAUUUGGACAAACUGUCAUACCGGUCUUCUAUGAUGUGGAUCCAUCACAUGUUCGGAACCAGAGGGAGAGCUUUGCUGAAGCAUUUUCCAAACAUGAAACAAAGUAUAAGGAUGAUGUCGAAGGAAUGCAAAGAUGGAGGAUUGCUUUAACUGCAGCGGCCAAUCUCAAAGGUUGUGAUAUUCGUGACAAGACUGAAUCAGACUGUAUUCGACAGAUUGUUGAUCAAAUCUCGUCCAAAUUAUGCAAGAUUUCUUUAUCUUAUUUGCAAAACAUUGUUGGAAUAGAUACUCAUUUAGAGAAAAUAGAAUCCUUACUAGGGAUAGGAAUCAAUGGUGUUCGGAUUGUGGGGAUUUGGNGGAUAGGAAUCAAUGAUGUUCGGAUUGUGGGGAUUUGGGGCAUGGGGGGAGUCGGUAAAACGACAAUAGCUAGAGCUAUGUUUGAUAUUCUCUUAGUAAGAAGGGAUAGUUCCUAUCAAUUUGAUGGUGCUUGUUUCCUUGCGAAUAUUAAAGAAAACAAACGUGGAAUGCAUUCUCUGCAAAAUAUUAUUUUCUCUGAACUUUUAAAGGAAAAAGCUGAUUACAACAAUAAGGAGGACGGAAAGCACCAAAUGGCUAGUAGGCUUCGUUCAAAGAAGGUCCUAAUUGUGCUUGAUGACAUAGAUGAUAAAGAUCAUUAUUUGGAGUAUUUAGCAGGUGAUCUUGAUUGGUUUGGUAAUGGCAGUAGAAUUAUUAUAACAACUAGAGACAAGCAUUUGAUGGGGAAGAAUGGUGUAAUAUAUGAAGUGACUGCACUACCUAAUCAUGAAUCCAUUCAAUUGUUCUAUCAGCAUGCUUUCAAAAAAGAGGUUCCAAAUGAGCAUUUUAAGAAGCUUUCAUUGGAAGUCGUAAAUUAUGCUAAAGGCCUUCCUUUAGCCCUCAGAGUGUGGGGUUCUUUGCUGCAUAACCUAGGACUAACUGAAUGGAAAAGUGCUAUAGAGCACAUGAAAAAUAACUCUAAUUCUGAAAUUGUUAAAAAGCUCAAAAUUAGUUAUGAUGGAUUAAUAGAGCCCAUACAAGAGAUUUUUCUGGAUAUAGCAUGCUUCUUCCGAGGGACAAAAAAAGAGUACGCCAUGCAAAUUCUUGAGAGCUGUCAUUGUGCAGUUGAAUACGGAUUGCGUGUCUUAAUUGACAAAUCUCUUGUGUCCAUCUCUGAAAAUGAUCAGAUUCAAAUGCAUGACUUGAUGCAAGAUAUGGGUAAAUAUAUAGUGAACUUGCAAAAGAAUCCGGGAGAACGCAGCAGAUUAUGGCUCGACAAGGAUUUCGAAGAAGUGAUGAUGAACAAUACAGGGACCACGAAAAUGGAAGCAAUCUGGUUUCCUUAUUACCAUUAUGUUACAUUACGCUUUGGCAAAGAGGCCAUGAAAAAUAUGAAAAAGCUUAGGAUAUUAAACAUAGAGAUGUCGUGGCCUUGUGAUGGUUCCAUUGAGUAUCUGCCCAACAGCUUGCGUUGGUUUGUCUGGACUGACUAUCCUUGGGAGUCGUUGCCAGCUGAAUUUGAACCCAAAAAGCUUGUUCAUCUUGCACUCAAAUCCAGUUCACUGUGUUAUUUAUGGACGGAAGCAAAGCAAUUGUCGUCUCUACGGACGCUAGAUCUCAGAUACUCUGAAAGCCUAGUGCGAACACCAGAUUUCACAGGGAUGCCAAAUUUGGAGUAUUUGAAUCUGGAGGAAUGUCGUGAUCUUGAAGAGGUGCACCAUUCCCUGGGAUUUUGCAGAAAACUCAUUCGAUUAAAUUUGGAGUCUUGUGGACGCCUUAAUUGGUUUCCAUGUGUUAACGUGGAAUCUCUUGAAUAUCUGGAUCUAGAUUUUUGCUCUAGUUUAGAGAAAUUUCCAGAAAUCCAUGGGAGAAUGAAGCGGGAGAUACAGAUUCACAUGAAACGCUCUGGGAUAAGGGAACUACCAUCAUCUAUUAUUCAGUACCAAACUCAUAUUACCUUCCUAGAUUUGAGCGCUAUGAAAAACCUUGUAGCUCUUCCAAGCAGCAUCUGUAGGUUGAAAAGUUUGGUUAGUCUAAAUGUGUCGGGCUGCACAAAACUUGAAAGCUUGCCAGAAGAGAUAGGGGAUUUAGAAAACUUGGAGGAGUUUUAUGCCAGGUAUGCUCUAAUUUCACGACCUCCGUCUACCAUCGUACGCUUGAACAAACUUAAAAUCUUGAAGUUUGGAGGCCUCCAUGAUGGAGUGCACUUUUUGUUCCCUCCAGUGGCUGAAGGAUUACGGUCAUUGGAACAUCUGGAUCUCACUUGUUGCAAUCUAAUAGAUGAAGGACUUCCGGAAGACAUUGGAUGCCUAUCUUCUUUGAAAGAACUGUAUCUCAGUGGUAAUAAUUUUGAGCAUUUGCCUCGAAGUAUAGCCCAACUUGGUGCUCUUCGAAUCUUGGACUUGAGAAAUUGCAAGAGGCUUACACAGCUGCCAGAACUUCCACCAGAAUCAGAUACAAUAUAUGCAGAUUGGAGCAAUGAUUUGAUCUGUAAUUCGUUGUUUCAGAAUAUCUCGUCAGUGCAGCAUGACAUCUCUGCUUCAGAUUCCUUGUCACUAAGAGCAUUUACCAGUGUGCAUCUUGGGAAGAAGAUCCCAAGUUGGUUCCUCUAUCAGGGAAUGGAUAGUGGUGUAUCAGUCAAUUUGCCUGGAAAUUGGUAUAUACCUGAUAAAUUCUUGGGAUUUGCUGUAUAUUACUCAGGCAGCUUAAUUGACACCACAACUCAAUUGAUUCCCGUAUGUGAUGAUGGGAUGUUGUGGAUGACCCAGAAACUUGCCUUAUCCAACCAUUCAGAAUGUGAUACAAAAUAUAAUAUUAAUUUUUUCUUGGUACCUCUUGCUGGCUUAUGGGAUACAUCUAAGGCAAAUGGAAAAACACCAAACGACUAUGGGCUUAUUAGGCUAUCUUUUUCUGGAGUAAUGAAGGAUUAUGGACUUCGUUUGUUGUAUAAAGAAGAACCUGAGCUUGAGGCCUUGUUACAGAAUAUUGCAUUGGAGGAGCAGAUAUGACAAUGGUGAACAACAUGACUCCGUGACCAGUGAAGCCAGCUGCUUCGCUUCUAAGAAACAAAGGUCACAUUUCUAAUAUUCAUUGGAGCUCUGUCUUUGAUAAUCUUCAGCAACAUGUAGACUGGCCAGCUCUUCAGAAACAUUGCAACUCUUUCCUGCAAACCCAGGAUUUUAGCUCAUAUACAGGAGCUCAUCAAUGGGUGAUGUAGAUAUCAACAAUGAGUUUUUGUCUAUUGAUUCUCCAUCUUAACCAUGGUGAGUUAAAGGAUUCCAACAAGUAUAACUUUUUAUGCUCAAAUCAGAACCUGAAAUUGUGAAUCCGGAGAAAGCUGAGUACGAGAUGAAGUUGAGGGAGAACAGUUCCAGGUGGUUGCAUUUCAUCAGUUAAUUUUACUGGGGUUAUGUAGGGCGAUUCUUUGACGCAUAGUAGCUGCAAGAAAACUCGGGCUGUUUCGAUUUUUGACUGACAAGUGCAGAUGAAACACUUUUGAAUAAGUAUGUGUACAUGCAAAAGAAAACUUAUGCUGCAGUCAAAUUUACAUAAAGAAGGCAGAAUUAUUUAAAAGUGGUUCACGUAGCUCAGCUGGACUGAAAAUCCUUGUGUGGUUCGAAACCACAUCCACUUUACGGCAAAGAAAGAGAGUAUGGGGUAGAGAAAUUGGUCAAUUCCUCAGGCUCAUGACCCGAAGAUUGCAGGUUCUAAUCCUGCCCCCGCCUAAUGAGUGGAACAUUGUUCACCAGGAUAGAGGGAAAGUAAUGCCAUUUGACAAAGUGACGUUAAGCAUCCCUAGCGGUACAAAAAGAGGGGUCGUGAUAAUAUCAUCUACGUCUGUACUGCUCUUUGUUGAGUAGAUUCGAUAAGACUUGACUCGCUCCUAGCCACUCCGGGGUACCAUAGCAUGUCGGGAAUAGGAGAGACAUACUCGAUGUGACCACUCUCUUUGUUGGGGGCUUGUCGCCCUGCUCUUUGAGUUUUGACAAGUAUCCAUUCACUAUUUCUUAACGUGUCAAUACAACUUAUGUAAAAUCAUGCGUAUGCCACUGGUUGAAUCGUUCUUUUAUGUCUACUAAAUUUGGUCAACCUAUUUCAAGUUUUGCUUA